AUGCAUGUGUGUGGAUUUUUUGUAGAUUUUUUUAGAUUAAUAGUGAAUAUAUUUUUUUAAAUACGUGGUGCUUCUAUAGUCUGGCAAACAUUUCUAUGCCUCAUAAAAGAAUGCAGGUAUCCUAGGUUACUGCAUAUAACAAUGUAUUUUUAUUGUUGUCCGUUAACACGUUCGCUGCUCACGCCGACAACGUGGCGGCAUAAGAAUAUGUAUGCGAGUGCUCACGCCGCAACCUUGUCGGCGUAGUCCCUGUUGUAGUUAAAUAUAGUUAUAAGCGAAGCGCGCCUCAGUGUGCCUUUUACUUUAGUAGGAGCAUGUUGCUUAGUGUUCUAACCUUAAAAAUUCACACGUGGUUCGGAAUUUAGUACAUUAAUUUUGCAAUGGGGACAAUCCCAUUCCGGGACCUUCAGUAUCGAAAAGAUUAAGGUUUAGGGAUCCUAGAAAUCUAAACGACGAAGAACUACGUCAAUUGGCAUAUCUUUCUGAGGAUUCCUUAGACGACGAACCAUUUGAAGACUCCGGAAGUGAAUGGAGUGGUGCAGAAGAUAUAAUCGAAGAGGCAGUAAACUCCUUGGAAAGCGACUCCGGGCAUUCAAAUGAUGAGGCGGAAGUCCCUUCAUUGAGCGAAAUGUGGACAGAGGGCCCUCCGCAAUUAAAAAAAAAAAUAUGUUUACUGGGCAGCAACGAUUGAAUGUACCAGUACCUGAUAGAAGGAGGCCCAUCGAUUUUUUUUUCCUCCUCGUGGACGAUAAUUUUUUUGAACUACUGGUCCGAGAAACUAACAGUUACGCAGAAAUUGUGUUGCUGAAUUAAUGUCAAGGGCCCCAUUCCAGGAUUAGCCGUUGGAAACCAGUCAAUAAAGAAGAAAUGUCAAUAUUUUUAGGAAUGACAUUUUAUAUGGGUAUACUCCAACUACCAAGAUUUAGGGACUAUUGGCGUACCGACCGUUUAUACAACUUUAGGAUCAGGAAGUUCAUGAGCAGAGACAGAUAUCUAAUUAUAUUGCGAUGUCUUCAUUUUGCCGAGAACCCUCGAGCUGGGGGAGCAGCUCCAAGUGAUAGAUUAUACAAGGUUCGCCCUUUGCUGGAUUUCUUCAACAAGAAAAUGUCGAUAAUUUAUUCGCCAGGAAAAAACCUGUCUAUCGACGAAUCCAUGCUUCUUUGGCGCGGGCGGCUUCUGUUUCGUCAAUAUAUAAAAAACAAAAAGCACAAGUAUGGCAUAAAGUUUUACCUACUUACCGAAUGUGACGGAACUAUUUUAAAAAUACAGAUUUACUGUGGUGUUUUUGACGAUUUAGGUGGUAAAGGACACGCUGCAAAUGUUGUUCUCAAUCUGUUGGAUAAUUACUGUAAUAAUGGAUAUAGUGUGUACAUGGAUAAUUUCUAUAACUCUGUAUCGCUUGCACGUCAGUUACUGGAAAAUAAGAUCUUUUGUACGGGAACGUUGCGCGCUGGAAGAAAGGAUACCCCCAAGGAAAUAUUCCAGAUAGCGCAAUUCAGAACCAGACCAGUGGGAAGGAACCAUCAACUCAACAUCUUCCAUCAAAAUGUGAAGCAAGGAGUGAAAAUAAUAGAAGACAGCGGAAGAGGUGUCGCUGCUGUUCAAAACGUGGUGUUCGCAAAGAUGCCAUGUACUUUUGUAAAUCGUGUCCAGAUUUACCAGGACUAUGUCUAGAACCUUGUUUCAAGGAAUUCCACGAAAAUCUAAAAUAAAAUGAUAUAUAGGUUUGUUUUAUUUUGUUUUAAUUUGCUGUUUAUAAUUUAUGUUAUAUAAAGAAUAUAUUUUUUAUUAUUUGAAUGUUAAGUUCAGGGAAGUAUGAUUUUGUUUUUUAAUUAUAGUCAUUCAUUAUUUGCUUUUAUAUUUUGUGCAAAAUAUAUAGUAAAUAAAGAUGUUUGAAGGAUAGUUAUUAUUGACGACACAUGUGCGUCAUUGAGC